AGCCCGCGAGGUGCGUGCGCCAUGGAGCUCGGGGGCCCCGGGGCGCCGCCGCCGCUGCCGCCGCUGCUGCUGCUUCUGGGGGCCGGCCUCCUGCCGGUGGGCGGCCACGUGGAGACCCGCGCCCACGCGGAGGAGCGGCUCCUCAAGAGACUCUUCUCCGGCUACAACAAGUGGUCGCGGCCAGUGGCCAACAUCUCGGACGUGGUCCUGGUCCGCUUUGGCCUGUCCAUCGCACAGCUCAUUGACGUGGACGAGAAGAACCAGAUGAUGACCACAAACGUGUGGGUGAAGCAGGAGUGGCAUGACUACAAGCUGCGCUGGGACCCCGCCGACUACGAGAAUGUCACCUCCAUCCGCAUCCCCUCGGAGCUCAUCUGGCGGCCAGACAUCGUCCUCUACAACAACGCGGACGGCGACUUCGCGGUCACCCACCUGACCAAGGCCCACCUGUUCCACGACGGGCGGGUGCAGUGGACGCCCCCGGCCAUCUACAAGAGCUCCUGCAGCAUCGACGUCACCUUCUUCCCCUUCGACCAGCAGAACUGCACCAUGAAGUUCGGCUCCUGGACCUACGACAAGGCCAAGAUCGACCUGGUGAACAUGCACAGCCGCGUGGAGCAGCUGGACUUCUGGGAGAGCGGGGAGUGGGUCAUCGUGGAGGCCGUGGGCACCUACAACACCAGGAAGUACGAGUGCUGCGCCGAGGUCUACCCCGACAUCACCUACGCCUUCGUCAUCCGGCGGCUGCCGCUGUUCUACACGGUGAACCUCAUCAUCCCCUGCCUGCUCAUCUCCUGCCUCACGGUGCUGGUCUUCUACCUGCCGUCCGACUGCGGCGAGAAGGUCACGCUGUGCAUCUCCGUGCUGCUGUCCCUCACCGUCUUCCUGCUGCUCAUCACCGAGAUCAUCCCGUCCACCUCGCUGGUCAUCCCGCUCAUCGGCGAGUACCUGCUCUUCACCAUGAUCUUCGUCACCCUGUCCAUCGUCAUCACCGUCUUCGUGCUCAACGUGCACCACCGCUCGCCGCGCACCCACACCAUGCCCGCCUGGGUGCGCCGCGUCUUCCUGGACGUGGUGCCGCGCCUGCUGCUCAUGAAGCGGCCGUCCGCCGUCAAGGACAACUGCCGGCGGCUCAUCGAGUCCAUGCACAAGAUGGCCAACGCCCCGCGCCUCUGGCCGGGGCCCGAGGGGGAGCCCCCUGUGCCGGGCGGCACCCACAGCUGGGGCCCGCCGCCCUCCCCGGCCUGCCCUGCCCCGCCGCUGGACGCGCCCGCCGCACCCGAGCCUGCGCGGGAGUCGCCCUCCGACGCCCUGCCUGCUCCGCAGCCCGCCGAGGAGGCUGAGGAGGCCGAGGAGGCCAGCCCCCGCCCCCGCAGCGCCCGGGCCCCGGGGCUCGCCAAGGCCAGGUCCCUCAGCGUGCAGCACGUGCCGGGCCGCGGCGAGGCCGUGGAGGGCAGCGGCCGCUGCCGGUCUCGGAGCAUCCAGUACUGCGCCCCCCGGGACGACGCCGCUGCCUUCCAGGCAGAGGCCCCAGCGGCCAGCCCCCCGGCCUCCCGCGGGGCUCCCCCAGCCGAGCUCCCACCCCCAGACCAGGCCUCUCCGUGCACCUGCACCUGCAAGAGGGAGCCACCGGCAGCGUCCCCGGACGCCACGCUCAAAGCUGCCCCCGUCAGAGCGCCGGCCCUGCCCCUGCCGCUGUCGCCGGCGCUGUUGCGGGCGGUCGAGGGCGUGCAGUACAUCGCAGACCACCUCAAGGCGGAAGACACGGACUUCUCGGUGAAGGAGGACUGGAAGUACGUGGCCAUGGUGAUCGACCGCAUCUUCCUGUGGAUGUUCGUCAUCGUCUGCCUGCUGGGCACCGUGGGCCUCUUCCUGCCGCCCUGGCUGGCCGGCAUGAUCUAGGCGAGCCAGGCCCCCGCGCUGGCGCCCGCAGGACGAGGCAGUGUCCACGUCGGCGGGCCCGGGGCUGCGCCGGCUCCUCUCGGGACUCAGAGGGGCUGCACGUGCCCCCAUCUUCCGAGUCUGCUGAGAGGCGGCCCGGAAAGGGACGUGGCCUCCUGGAGACAGGAAGCGUGGGCGCCGGCCGCGGUUGAGCUGCGGCCCGUGGA